AUGGCAACUCUGGAUGCCGCUCCCCAAUUCGGGGCAGAGCUAAAGGACUCCUUCAAGCCCGUGAACAACUGGGUGACGAACGGAAUAUCAUGGCUCGACGAGAUUCAACAAUUCUACCGAGAACGAAGCACGAUCGAAAAGGAAUACGCCGCGAAAUUGAACGCACUAUGCAAGAAAUACUCCGACCGCAGGGCUAAGAAAAUUAGCCAACUGAGUGUUGGAGAUUCUCCUACGAUGACCCCCGGAUCACUCGAGGCCGCGUCGUUGACUACAUGGGCUACACAGCUGACGGCUGUUGAAUCACAUGCGGGGGAACGGGAAAAAUUCGCCAACGAUCUGGUUAUUCAAGUUGCAGAACCGUUGAAGCAUGCGGCUGUUCAGUAUGACGAGCUUCGGAAGAGUCAUGUCGAUUUCCAUUCCAAGUUGGAGAAGGAACGGGAUGCCUCAUAUAGUGACUUGAAGAAAGUGAAAGGGAAAUACGACGGGGCGUGUCAGGAGGUCGAAAACAAGCGGAAAAAGAUGGAGUCGUCGUUUGACCACGGUAAACAAAAGUCUCAAGCUGCGUAUCAACAGCAGAUUCUGGAGAUGAACAACGUCAAGAACACAUAUCUCAUCCAUAUCAACAUCACAAAUAAAAUGAAGGAGAAGUUCUACCAUGAAUAUGUUCCUGAGAUGAUUGACGGCCUGCAAGACCUUAACGAGACUCGUGUAGCCAAGCUCAACUCUCUCUGGUCACUCGGAGCCGAACUCGAAAACUCGUACAUGGCAAAGAGUAUGGACCACAUGUUGAACCUUUUGAACGAGAUACCCCGGAACGCGCCACACCUUGAUUCGCACAUGUUUUUACGCCACAACGUCACCCAAACACAAGAGCCGCCAAACUUGGUAUUUGAAGCCAGUCCGGUCUGGCACGAUGAUGAAUCGAUUGUCACCGAUGAAGCCGCCAAGGUGUUCUUGCGGAACUUGCUCAGUAAGAGUAAGACGCAAGUCCGCGAGCUACGGGUCGAGGCCGACAGGCAAAAGCGGGAAGUGGACAGUUCAAGGCGGAACAGGGAGCGAGCACGACAAGAUCAGGAUGGAUCGAGUGAGGUGGAUGUCGUGCGGAUUCUAUUCCCCCAGCAGGAAGCUUUCCACGAGACUGAUCGCAAGCGAGUGGCGGCUGAGGUGGAAACAUCUACAAUUAUGGCUGUGGUGGGUGACUUGUCCGUUGGAGCUCAGAACCACAACUUCAAGUCGCAGACGUUCAAAAUUCCUACCAACUGCGAUCUGUGUGGCGAGCGCAUCUGGGGAUUGUCAGCCAAGGGCUUUGACUGCCGGGACUGUGGAUACACCUGCCACAGCAAGUGCGAGAUGAAAGUACCUGCCGAAUGCCCUGGAGAACAGAGUAAAGAAGACAAGAAGCGACUUAAGGCAGAGCGUCAGGAACAGGCUAGUUCUAUGCCGCCACUCGACCUUGAAGCCUCGACUACUUCAUCCACCGCUCCAUCACUAACACGAAAGGACACCAUGAACUCACUGAGCUCGGGAUACGCAACGAACGCGAACCGAUCAGUGCCAAACGUGGCAUCCCAACCUUCCAGCGGAGCGGAAACGCCUACAUCGCCAGCACCACCCGUUGAAAGCAAGCCGGCGCCGGUAAGAAGGGUUCUCGCACCACCUCCUGCGGCGUACAUUAGUCCACCACCUGAACCUGCGCCAAAGCCUAGUGAAUCGAGAGGCAGGAUGCUAUACCCAUACCAAGCACAAGGCGAAGAUGAAGUUAAUGUGCAAGAGGGCGACACAAUCGUCAUCAUCGAGCCAGAUGACGGCUCCGGAUGGCUGACCGUCCGCUCCGGCGCCCAAAUUGGCCUCGUUCCAGCCUCCUACGUCGAAGCAGCCCCGGCACCCGCACAAUCCCCCGUCCCCUCCAUAACCGAUCGUCGCAACUCCGUCUACUCCAACUCCUCAGCCGGCCACGCAGCUGGCAAGAAAAUCGGCCCAGCCGUUGCACCUCGCCGCGGCGCAAAGAAACUACAAUACGUUGAGGCGAUGUACGAGUAUAACGCGCGGAGCGAGAUGGAAUGGGACAUGGCAGAGGGCGACAGAUUCGUGUUGGUUAAUCGAGACGGAGGCGAUGGGUGGGCUGAUGUGGAGCGUGGUGGUGUGACAAAGAGUGUACCUGCGAAUUAUAUUCAGGAAGUCUGA